AUGCGUGUAUUUAACUUUACCAUUCUGUCGCAGUUUACUUUCAAACUUCUGAUUUUUCUGUCAAUCAUUUUGAUUGAUGUAGCAGAUCUUAUCAGUGAUUGGCUGCUAUUUAAGGACGUCGCUGUCGCAGAGAAGGGAUUAGUUUACGGACCACCCGAGGAUAGCACACGUCUUGCUCUUUUGGCGUUUUGUAUUAUAGGUACUCAAACCAUUGCAUUGGAAUUAAUAAAUUUAUGGCGGGAUAUUUUCAGAGGAAAUCCGUGGUUGGAUGUUGAAUUACUGUCGGCAAUAGCGGUAUGGCUUGAGGAUGUUCCACAGAUUGUGAUCAAUGUCAUCAUAAUAGGCUGUCGGGAAGAAGCCAUAAGUUAUUUUCAACUGAUGAAAGCUUCUGUUGCGGUAGCUGGGGUAAUUAUUCGGAUAUUAUUUUCCUUGGUCGUUUACUGCGGCAAAAGAGGCAUGAACGAUCUGAGAAGACUGAAAAAAGACCACAGAUCCAGAAUUCGUUUCGUUUAUAGAAUUCUGAUGAUGUCAGGACUGGUGAUAACACUAGGGGGCGCUGCGGUAAUUUUUCUUUUCACUCAGUACGAGCGAAAUCCGGACGGUAGUUUAAAUUUUAAAGUGCCUCAUAAUUAUAUUAAAGGUAAGUACGAUGAUGCGAAAUAUUUCGAAAAUGUCAGUGUUUAUUUUAGUCAUGAAUUGUUUGAUUUAGACUCAUCUCUGGGCAGAUCAACAACAAAUAAAAAUCUUCUUAGAUUGUUUGACAUUAACGAUAUCAGACACGGGCAUGGGGUGGACAGAAUAAUCAAAUUGGAAUUUGAUCAAUUGGAUAUUUCAACAAUACAAAAGUUUAUCGUAUGGGAGAAUAACAUUACUCAAGAACUGCGUGCCAAAGAGUGCUUUUCUCUAGACAGAACUAAAAAAAACAAAAUUUAAUCACUCUAGGAUCAAAUUGUUCAUCAUAUAUUUAUACUAAAAGUAAUCAAAUUUUGUUUAUAUUUCGAUUGAUACAACCUAACGAUCUAAAGCUGAUAUUUGGAGAUAUAACGUACAAUAUUAAUUUAAAAAAAUUCUAGUGAAACAUGUAAACCACCGGAUUUUGAAAUAUAAAAUGAUAUUAUAGAUUAUUCUGAAGUUACAUCAGCUGCUUUACAUUAUUAUCGAACUUUAGACGUUUCUAAAAGGACAUACAGCCUGAUACACACGUCAGAUAAUAACAGUAAAUUCUAUAAUUCUAAAGAUUUACAAGACAUAGAAGAUGUUUGGAAAACUGGUUUUGUCUAUUGUAAAAGUACAGGUCGUCUUGCACCGCAUCGGGAUAAUUCUAUCGUUGUACCAUGCUUAUAGCUAAUACAUGUAUAUUAUAUUUAUUAUCAAAAUAGAGAAAAACGGAAUCAAAACGACAAAAUUGAAAAUGUUGCAGAUUCGGUUUUAUUGAGCCUGUUCAGGGACGGUACUGGGAAAUGCGAGUUACCGUCCACACCCCAUAGCACCAGCUUUAGCAGAUUUCAACGUUUAAACAAGAAAAUGGUGACAUCUCAAAGUUAGAAACAUCUAUACAGCGGUCAUCAUGGAAUCUUCAAUGUGAAAUGUUCGUGCCAUUCCACGAAGAGCAGCGUAUUGUCCCCUUGUGAAAGCGUAGGUUCUAAACGGGAAUACAAUGGGUAGAACUAAACAAAAUAUAAUUUUGAAAGCGGAUCAGACGUUAUUGAGCCUGCAUAACACAGAUAAGUUGUCAGAAAACAGUGAUCAUAAACAUGCAUCUGUUGAUCGCAUCAUUGACAUUGAACUAUCAAUUGAAUAAUUGAACUCUGGCAAGAUGUAUGGUAUUAAGAUAUGAAAAGCAAUAGCCGAUAAUAACGUCAAAACAGAAAGUGUCGGUAUGAGAUCCGAUGUUAAAAUAAAACUAUAAAUUAGAAUAUACAUGUACAUUGUAUUUGAAAACUCAAACUAUGCAAUAACUGAACAGGAAUUCAACAAUUAUGAAAAUAACAAAAUGUACAGUAAGAAUUAAUACGCUAGCUUGUUAAUAUGCAAACAUUUAAAAUACUAAAUUCAUUUGGUAGUCAAUUUUAUCAAAUAUGCAUAAAUAUUCCUAUUGAUUUUUAUUUUUUCUUUAAUAAGAUUAAUAAAACAUAUCAAAUACUCAUGAUGAGAUGCUGAUCUUAAUUAGGAGACUGCUCAUUUUCAACCUUUUCAAUGCUUCAUAAUCAAUGCUUCAUAACUUAUGA